AUGCCAGCUUCUCAAGACAUCCCACCCAUCGCGGUGCCCUUCGUGUCGGAGCGUGCGAAGCAGCUGCUAGACAAGGUCGAGAAAUUCGUCGACGAAGAAGCCAUUCCCGCGGACCCGGUGUACAGCGCGCAGAUCGGCAGCGGCGAGUCACGAUGGCACGGCCACCCGAGCAUUCUCGACGAUCUAAAGAAAAAGGCCCGUGCCGCCGGCAUCUGGAAUAUGUUUUUGCCUAAGAAUCACUUCAAGGAGGGCCCGCAGUUCACGAACGUCGAGUAUGGCCUUAUGGCUGAGCAGUUGGGCAAGAGUAUUACUGCCAGUGAGGCAUGCAACUGUGCUGCACCAGACACUGGUAACAUGGAAGUGAUUGCCCGCUACGGCACGGCAGCCCAGAAGGAGAAAUGGCUCAAGCCCUUGAUGGCUGGCGAGAUUCGCUCCGGCUUCCUCAUGACUGAGCCCGACAUUGCCUCCAGCGAUGGCUCCAACAUCAAACUGCGCAUCGAGAACAAGGGCGAUCACUACUUGCUCAAUGGCCAGAAAUGGUGGUCGUCAGGUGCCGGCGAUGACCGCUGCAAGGUCUUCAUCGUCAUGGGCAAGACCAACCCCAACCAUCCCAACAAAUUCGAACAACAAUCUAUGUUGCUCGUUCCUGCCGAUACCCCAGGUAUCAUCGUCCACCGCAUGUUGAGUGUCUAUGGUUACGACGAUGCCCCACACGGCCAUGGCCAUAUCAGCUUCCAGAAUGUCAAGGUCCCACUUGAUUCGAUACUUCUUGGUGAGGGUCGUGGUAAUGAGAUCAUGCAAGGUCGUCUCGGACCAGGUCGUAUUCACCACGCCAUGCGUGCCAUUGGCGCCGCAGAGCGUGCUCUCGAAUGGAUGAUCAACCGAUUGAACGACGAGCGUAAAAUCCCCUUUGGCAAGCCACUACGUGAACACGGUGUGUUGCUCGAGUGGGUGGCCAAAGCCCGAAUCGAGAUCGACGCAAGCCGGCUCAUCGUGCUCAACGCGGCAAUCAAGGUCGACCAGAAAGACGCCAAGUUUGCUCUCAAGGAGAUCGCCGAGGCCAAGGUCAAGGUUCCUCAAGUCGCGCUCGAAGUCAUCGAUCGCGCCAUCCAAGUCCACGGAGCCAUGGGUGUCUGCCAGGACACCCCAUUGGCCAGCAUGUGGGCCCAUCUCCGAACUCUACGCAUUGCCGAUGGGCCCGAUGAGGCUCAUCUGCAGCAGCUCGGCAAGCGUGAGAAUAAGCAGCGCGCCGCAGAUGUUACUGCUAGAAUUGCUCGCCAACAGGGCAAGACCGAACAAUUGUUCAGACAACUAGGUGUCGAGAAGAAGGAGCUCGGUGCUGAGAAAUUUAAGGCCAAGUUGUAG